CCUAAAUAGUUUUAGGGUUUUUUUUAAUAUUUUUUAAUUUCUUUGGUAAAGGUUCUCUUCUCAUAUAUAAAUGUAUUUUAUUUUUUUCUUGUCAUCCUACAACAUAUAUUUUUUUAGUUUUUGAAAACCCCUCAUUUUUGCAGUCUUCCUCUGAAGGAGGGCAUAUAAGAAAAAAGAGAAAGUGGGUGGUGUAUAAAUGGAAUAUACUGGAAAACAUAGGGAGAACAAUGGAAGAAGCCCAAAGGUCGUAAGGCGGUCACCAGAGGGUCAUCAAAAACCCCACUUCUGUCCUCAUCUUCCUCCUAUUUCCACUACUUCCACUACAAAUAAUACUGGGUGGUCGAUUUUAGCUGAUGGGUCUGCUUUAGAUCAUUCCAAGAAUCCACAGGAGCUUGAACCAACUGGGUUGUUGGUCGAUUUCGAACCGGAUUCAAAAGGGUCUAGUAAACUUCGGCGUUGUUUUUACCACUUUCACGGUCUUCUUCUAAAGGAGAUCUGUGGAAACAAUACUCUUAGGCCUAUUCCUCCGAUUCUAGGAGAAGGGAAAUGUGCUGAUUUGUUUGAACUAUUCUUGGCUGUGAGGGAGAAAGGUGGCUGCAAUGCCGUGUCUAAGAAUGGGUUGUGGGGUUCGGUAGCUGAAGAGUCUGGGUUCGGUUUGAAAUUCGCCGCAGCCAUAAAAUUAAUCUAUAUUAAGUACUUGAAUACAUUCGAAAGGUGGCUUGAAAGAAUUGUUGUUGGUAGCACGGACCUGGAACUCAGUCACACUAGUGUCUGCUCAGAUGUGAGUACAUUUUUGAUGGAGUUGGAGGGUAGUUUAAAUGGCUUCUUGCCUUCCUCCGAUCAAAAUGCAUUGUCCAAGGACGAUUCGUACUAUCUGUAUUUUGACGAUACUUCGAUGAAGAGUGAACAAGAUCACAAAGAAAGAAUAGAAGAUAUUGGGUCAGAUGAUAAUACAGAUGACGAUGAAAUGACUGUUGUAGAUCCCGCUACAAAAUUUUCACUCAUUAAAAAGCGAAAGAAACCUGAGGUAAGUGAUGGAUCAUUGGAAGAGGUAGAAGAUGAGAAAAAGAGCAGGGUGAUGGAGUUGAAGCUGGCCGAAGGGAAGAGCUCUGAUAAUUCUUCUUCUUCUUCUUCUGCUUCUUCUUCUUCAGAUAAAGAAGUAACGAAGGUGGAUUCUGGGGCUGCGGUUGAGGAAGGGAACGGUGUUGUUGAUGAGGUGAGUCGGGAGUCUUUCAGGGAAAUAUUAAAUUGGGUUUUCACCAUUGCCAAAGAUCCUGGUGACCCUGUUUUUGGUUCAUUGCCAGAACCUUCCAAAUGGAACGCUCAUGGCAAUGGGGAGAUAUGGAAACAGGUCUUGUUGGCUCGAGAGGCCAUUUUUCUGAAGAGAAAUACUGAUUCGGGUUCUGAACAGAAAAAUCAAAGGAUGCAUCCAAGCAUGUAUAGUGAUCAAGGAGCAGCCUACAAUCUCAGAGAGAGACUAAGAUGCCGCAAGAAGCUUCUUAAUGGGAAUUCGGCACCACUAGGACAAGCCUCUUCAGAUUCAUCCCAUGCCAUGAGUGACUUGGACAGAAGUCCAGGACAUGGUAUGCCGAGAUCCGAAGAUCAUACUGGAGCAGGUGAUUCAUCUAUGGAACAUUCAUUCAUUGAUAGGUAUAGUCCUAGCCGCAUUCCCACAGGACCAGCUUUUCAAGCUGAAGUACCUGCUUGGAUUGGUGAGACUUGUGAAAGCGACUCCAAGUGGUUGGGGUCCAAGGUGUGGCCACUGAAUCAAACUGAAAAAAGGUUUCUUGUUGAAAGGGAUCCUAUUGGAAAGGGAAGGCUGGAGAAUUGUGGAUGUCAAGUGCCGGGUUCCACAGAAUGUGUCAGAUUUCAUAUUGCUGAGAAAAAAUUGAGAGUGAAACGUGAAUUGGGCUCAGCUUAUCACCUGUGGAGAUUCCAUAACAUGGGAGAGGAUGUAACUGUGUUUUGGACAGAGGCUGAAGAGAAGAAGUUUAAGAAUAUAGUGAGCUCAAAUCCUCCCUCUCUUCAGAAGUGUUUCUGGAUUGAAAUUUGUAAGAACUUUCCAAGUAGGAAAAGGGCAGACUUAGUGAGCUACUACUAUAAUGUUUUUCUUUUGCGUCGUAGAGCAGUUCAGAACAGGUUUACGCCGAGUAACAUUGACAGUGAUGAUGAUGAUGAAGAAUCAGAACCUGCUUUAGAGACCAAAGGUUUUGGGCAGGAAACACCCCAAAUCAAACAGCAUAAAAAGUAACAAAUAGCUUCUAGCCGAUACUACCAACCAUUCACACCCUUUUGAGACCUGUAAAGCCUCUGUUUUUCCUUUUUCCUCUUUCUUUUUCUUUUGUGCUUUUCAAUGGCAAUUUUGGAUAUCAACACAUCAUUUUUCACCUUGCACAAGAAAAAAGUAAUCGUCACUCUCUCACUCUCACUCCUGCUUUCAAUGUGGAAAGCAACACUUGCAAUUGUGAAGCUGAAAGCCUAUUUGGUUUCUGCCUUCAAAUUUUGAGAUCUAUUCUUGUUCUUGAUCAGUAAUUCAAGCACAGGUACUUUUCAAUUUGCUCCUUUUUUUUGAUUCUUGAGAGUAGAGAGCCAAAAAGACUGAAAGGAAAGAAAAGCUUAGGAAUGCCUGGGAAUGCAGUUGGAGGUGGAUGAGUCACAAUACAUAACCUAUUCUGAAUUGCAUAUUGUAGAUUUGUGGCAAGGGAAUUAGAAUUGAUUUUUGAAUAUGGUAUAGAAUUGUUUUUUGCAUCAUUUUUACGUUGGUCUCUAUUUCUUAAAAACUUCUUUUUUAUUUGGUGUUUAUCAACAUAUAUUUAACUUUUCUAUGUCUUUUUGGUCAGUAUGUGAAAAUAUUUAUUCUUUAUAAAA